UCGAACUCUGAGGAGCCACUUGUCCCACACAUAUCUCCUUUACUUUCCCUCCUCUGCUGUUUCAGAUUUCUCUAAUGCUAUGGUCCCUAAAGGGUUUUAGUGUGUUUUUGGCUCUCGCUUUUCCUCACUGCCUGCACUUCUUCCCUCCUUUUCUUCUCAAAUUCUUUCGCCGGAAAUGGAGAAUGAAGAACCCUUUGCUAAGCUGAAGGAUCACAGCGCUUCCACCACCACCACCACCACCAUGGACGACGCUCCUACUCAACAGGUUGAACACUCAACCGAAAUAGUUGAAGAAACCCCACCUGGUCACCAUCAGAGUCCAAAUUACUUUGAAUCAGAAAAACCAACGAUAUUUAUUGAGGAUGCCAGGGAGGAUUAUGUCAGAAUAAACAUGCCUCAAACACCAAGUCGCACUCCUAAAAGAGUAAAUUUUUCCCCAUUACCCAGCCCUAGCUUUGCAAAAGUUAAUUGGUCCCCAGGUCCCUCACCAUCAAAAACUAAAUUAACCAUAAAAAGCCUUCUUCCAAAACUAAGUUUCAAACGUCAGGGUAGCACUUCAGACAUUGAGAAGGAAGCUAUUAUAGCACUAGGAGAUUCACCUACAAGAAUAUGGGAGAAGCGUCGGAUUUCAAGGACAUUGUCUCUUACAAAGCUAUUCACACCAAAAAUGAAUAGAGCAUCAUCUGUACCUGGAACUCCAAUUGCUCACUCAAAUCCAGAGUCUAUGCAUGGAGGGAAUAUGACCAGUCCAUUAAGUUCUGUUAAAGGAGGGGCCCAGCGACCUAUUUCUCGUUCACAUUCAGUUCCCGAGCUUUGCAAAGAAGGAAGCCUAUCUGUACGUGUUGGUUUUCGCGUAAUUCCCGCCACUCCACAAAAGGCUGAGGGGACUGUCAUGACAAUGGCAAACCCAUCCCUAGAAGAUGAUAUUGAUGGAAAUGAUGAUGAGGGUGAAAAUAUACUUGAAGAAGAAGCUGUUUGUAGAAUCUGCCUCGUUGAACUGGGGGAGGGUGCCGAGUCCCUCAAGAUGGAAUGUAGCUGCAAAGGCGAACUUGCUUUGGCCCACAAAGAAUGUGCUGUAAAAUGGUUUAGCAUAAAAGGUAAUAAAAUAUGUGAUGUUUGCAAGCAAGAAGUUCAGAACCUAUCUGUCACCCUUCUACGAAUUCAAACUGUUCAGGCUCUUAACUGGCAAGAGAGUGGUCAGCAAGCUGAGGUUGCUAGAUAUAGGAUAUGGCAGGAUAUUCCAGUUCUUGUUAUUGUCAGCAUGCUUGCUUAUUUUUCUUUUCUAGAGCAGCUACUGAUUUCAAAAUUGGGAUCCGGUGCAAUAGCUAUAUCUCUCCCAUUUUCCUGCAUAUUGGGUCUUCUAGCAUCCAUGACAGCCACAACAAUGGUAAACAGAAGAUAUGUCUGGGUUUAUGCAGCCUUUCAAUUUGGUCUGGUAGUUCUCUUCGGACAUAUUUUUUACUCACUGGUUCACAUCCAGUCCGUUCUAUCUGUUCUUAUUGCCACACUUGCUGGGUUCGGAGUUACAAUGUGUGGACAUUCUGUUCUUGUUGAGAUAUGGAACUGGAGGAAAAGGUGGCAUUCUGAGUCAAAUCAACAUGGUUCUCAGGAGGUGGCGCAGCCAGAACAAUCAACUGAAACUGCCGAUCAAUCUCAGACGGAUCCUCACCACCAUGUAAGUGAAAGAGGAGAUGAGUUGAUUGCAGACCAAUCUCAGACAGAUCCUCGCCACCAUGCAAGUGAAAGAGGAGAUGUUGAAGCCAUUCAUGGCAGCUGACUCUGUAUAUAUUAGACUCAUUAAUGCCAUAUGUGGUGGCAUCAUAAGGGAGGGUUUUGGCUGUAUAAAUACCAUAUCAUUUGUAAAUUUGAGUUUAUGCAGUGCAUUUCUUAAUAUAAUAACAAUCUGGAAGAAAUCCCUUUGCUGGUUUUUCUUCUAUAUUUCCUUUUA